AUGCAAGCUGCUGCUGAUGGGACGUGCGUGAACAGCCUUUACCGGAUUCCCCUGGCGGAGCUUACAACCCUCGCGAGGGCUGUUGCAAAAGCUGCCAUCACCGUUCCAUCCCACAUUGCUGACGUCGCUCGUCGAGCGAUCAGUAAGAGAAAGCAAUGUGCGGUCUGGUUUCAGAACCGAACCGACGCGUGCAGCGGCGAGGUUCAGGCCAAUGUGGCUCACAGUCAUUUUAUCAAUGUCCUUGAAGAGGUGUUGGCAUUGUUGGGUGUCGCAGUGCAUCAAGGUCCUCAUCCCCAUGUCAAAAAACGUUCUUCUCCACUGUCACAAAACCCAUUGACCGACCUAGAGAACCGGUUCUCAGCGCUGGAGGUAGAAGAGUCUCGCACCGCCGAUGAGGAUGCUACUCAGCGUGGACAAAAGGCUCAAAAGACACAGCCCCCUCCACGCUGUGAAAUCGAUGACCAGUUCGAAGACGGCGGAGCUGAAAUUUUCGAGUCCUUCUGCUUGUUGGAAGACAUGAGACGCAUUCGAGACUUCCUCCAGGCCACUUGGACCGAGUAUCGAGAGGCACAGAUCGAUCUCAUGACCGCAGCCGUCACGACCAACACCGCAUUCGAUCUGGUACGGACCACCUGCGACGACUUUAUGGAUGCCCACCCCUCUCUACGUGGAAGUAUGGUCCUCCCACAACUGAUGUAUGCCACCGGUUGCAUCAUGCGUGGUGAGGAUCCUGGCAAGAAACACCAUCCCGAUGACCCAUUCAACAUCGCCGUGGCGGACAUUGCGGAGUGGUGUCUCUUGCACACCACGCUGAUCCUCGAAUCAUUCGUCGGCGUUAUCGUACCUGGCUCGAUACCGUGGUUCAGAAAGGACUUCUACAAGAGUACGAUCUAUUCAGGUGGAGACAGAGCCACUAUGUCUUUGCGAGAACGAUAUCACCAGGAUAGGCAGGUUCUAUAUGGCUUCCUUCCAGACUUUGUAUUUCUAGAACGCUUCCAGGUCAAGCUCCUGGUAGAAGACGAGUUCACCGGUGGUAUCAGGGACAUGGUCAAGACGAAGCAUGUUCCUGUGUGGCUGGCCUUCGCAGCGCCGGUCAUCCUGGAUACACAUCGAAUCCUGGGCCCCAAUAUCUCCCAGCCAUUCCAGGAGCUUCGACUCACGGGCCUGCGGACCAAGAAGACGCUCGAUGGGGUUUCUCAACGCUCGCUGUCCAUGAUCCGUCUGACCUGGCCGACGUGUGACAAGGAUAUGCGCCGGUUUACCGAUACCGUCUACGGCGCCGUCACCGAUGACAUGUUCGCCAUCGCUCCAAAGGAAGCACCCCGGGACGAAGAAUUCUCCUUCCUUAAGACGCAUCCAAUUCUCUGUGGGCUUCUGAUGUUUAGCUUUAACUUGAACAUGCAACAGAUGGGCAUACCACACGUCAAUUCGUGGGGGUCGGUCGUUUCCCUGGCGUACUUAUACAAUCUGAUUCAACAAACAGGCUUCGAACCCCUGUACUGGGAAGACAUGGAAAAGGUCAUCGAAUUUCACGACGAAAAGCACAUAUUCAUCGGAGGCAAGCCCAAGGAUGUCAAUGAUACCUACAAAAAGCUGUGGCUGGCAAUGGGGUUCGCGCCGUCAAGCUUUGCCCCGAAGGGACAGAGAAAGAUGAUGGACAGGCCCCUCAAGAAGGUCACGCCGCGAUUGCUCAAAACCACGUCCGUUGUGGCAGCAGUGUUUCAGGAACGAUAUUGCGGGAGUGGAUCGAUCGAUCUGUCUGCACGCAAUGUCGGGCAGAUUCUGGAUGAUCUUGUAGAGAACCGCGGCAAAUGCAAGAACGAUGGAUUUGCAAAAGAUUGCGGGGUCAUACGUCGAAAAUGGACUGUUGCAAACAGUCUCAGCACUCUGCAGCUGCUGACUGCUCUCCGCGAGCGGCUUGCGGACGAAGAGCCAAAAUUGCUCUUCAACUACUUUGGGUUGAAAGAACGCUGCCUGGACCUUCUUCAGGGGUUGCAGAAGGAGCUAGACGGCAAACUGGUUCAAUAUUUCGGAUCCGCGUACCUCAAGGAUGAGAAGGAUCUCAGUCUCAUCGUCAGUUACAUCCUUGAGGUCGCGCACGGAUCGGCCAGGUCGGCGCGAAGUCUUGGUUUCGCAAAGGGAUCCGCCAGGGUGAUGAGUAAGAUGGUGAUGAGGGCAGCCAAUGUCAUGCAGGACUUCGUUAAGGGAAAUGGGGGUGUUGGAUGCAAGGAGCUGCGAGCGUUCUGCCGUCAAAAAGGCAAAGUGAUGUCCCAGGCUGACAAGACGAGAGAGUCGAAACGGGAGACUCUGUACUGGUUUGCGGUGGAUGAGCUCAUCGAUCUUAAAGAGCUGUCUAUGCUGGAGCUGAUGCUUUCGGCGCGUCUUCAGAAGGAAUAUGAAAAGAAUCCGUGGGCUUCAUAG